AUGUUAAGUGUGAUCGUGUCGUCCAAAAGAAUUGCUUUCGACUCUACCUUUCCGAGGGCUCCACGUUGGAGUGGUUUCAUUCGUAUAGCACUUCAUAGCAUAUAUUCUUCUUUCAUAGAGUACAAACUUGGAGAACUGAGCGAGCUAAUAAAUACUGCAGUAGACAUUGCUUUUGCUGAGCCUUUUCAUCUACUGUUGUUUUUCUUCUAUGCUGCGGAAAUGAUGCUGGAAGUUUCUAGAGUCAUAACAAAUAGCGGUAAGAACCUUUCGUCGGUGGGGGCAUUCAAACAUGACAUCUCUCAGUUCUCCUACAUAUAA